AUGGACGUCGAAAGUUGUGUCGAACUACCUGACGGACACCUCGUUAACCUCUCCCCACGACCCCAACGACAAACCCAGUACCAAGCAUACCGCGCUCAUUAUACGGCCACUGAGCUAUAUCCCACUCCACCUGCCCGAAACUCUCAUCGUGUGCCACCAUCCGAACUUGAAGACCGUCGAGCCUCGCCAGACAUCAUGUAUCAGAAAGAGAAAACAACCAAGCUUCCGGUGCCGAGAUCGUUCGCCGAGAGGGCCAGGGAGCAAAGGAAUCAAACUCCCAGCCCUACCGGAAUCCCCAAGUCAUCGUCAGCCGGAUUUUCAUCGGGGGGAUCUGGUGGUCAGUCUGGGGAGCGAGACCGAGAUCUCAACAUGCGGAAAAUGCGUGGCAGGUUUGAAAAAGAAUCACCACUGUCACAGCGCGGCUCUUAUAUCCGGUCAAGAGAAAGCGACAGGGUUCGAUCUGAAGGGAGUACAAACUCUUGGCAGCAGCAUAAGUAUCCAGCCAAAACCGCCGCAGAAGUCCAACCAUCGCAACGCGGAGCAAGCAAACCUCGAAGUGGUAUCCCCAAUCCUAGCGCCAAUAUAAGCAAAGUGGUAUCAAGCCCGCGUUAUGAGUCUCGUAAUGCCGAGCCACAGAACAAGUGGCUAAAGGAGGGAGGUCAAUGGAUCAACCGAGAGUCCCGCGAGAAUAUGCAUCAGAGAUCGGGAGCAACAGACACCACCGCCGAUUCUAGCCCCCGGUCCCAUCCUUCAAUCUCGCCAGUGUCUGCCGAGGACUCUAUGACAGACUGUGACUGGGAGGACAGAUUCGUCGUCCAUAUGCCCUCUGCUAAGGACCCCAACCCACCGACUAUGACUGAAGAUCAAAUUGCCGAUUAUCAAAGAAGCAUUGAGAAAGUUCACCGGGAGGGGAUCCGAAUGCUUGACCCAAACACUGGACCCAGUCCACGGGGCUCGCCGAGCGAAGGUCGACGCAAUUCCUCCACAUAUCAAGAUAGGCGAAGAAAGUUGGAGCAAUCCAAGACCUCUGAAAGCGUGGCAGCAGAGCCUCGGCAGCCUCAGCAGGAAGUCGAGAAGCUGAAAGUUCCAACUACCCAACCUCAUGAGUCUCAAGCAGACAGCAACUAUUAUAGCCCUGAUGAGGUUGGCAAAAACCGCAUCAGCACUAUAUGGGAAGAAUCUCCCACAAAGCCCAGAGAGAAACGAAAGUCCCACACUGGGGAUGGUUCCUUCUUGGGGUGCAAGGAAAUCAAUCCUUGCCCGAAAAACCCUGACGAAAUACAUCUCUUCUCAUCGGGGGAAGACUCUACCACCCUGCAACCCCAUCCACUUGCCGUGCGUGCGAAAAAGAGACAGAAGGAGAAAGAAGCCCAGGCGGCCAGCAAGUCGAUGGAGAAGACCGUUCUACAAGAAGAAUGGUCACAAGUUUCUCGGAACUCCAAGAGCAAGCACUCGCCUGUGACCUUGUGUCAGGAGCAAGAUUGCCCUGAUAAUCAGAUUCCAACUCCAAGCUCUCAGGGCUCGAGUAAAGAGAACUCGCGCCCCAGGCCAAGCAUCGAAGACUCUCCAGGUAGAAUGGACGGUGGACGUGGUGAUGACGAUGUGUUCAUCAUCACACCUACUGUCACUCGUACUUUGCUUCCAACCCCUACACCAGAGAAAGUGGCAAAGGCAGAAAAGAAAAUAUCUGUCUUAAAGGCGCAAGGGUUACGACGCCCCGGUGGAACUGGCCAAUCUGGGACUGGGGAGGCUGUCAAGGCUGUUCGGGCCAAGGCCCAGGUCAUCUCUACACCUGCUGGACUACGACAUGUGUCAGGCCUUGCGCAAGUCAAAUCAGCUCUUCCCUCGCUUACAUCUUCGAAGACCACUCCCUCCUUCUUGCCUUCCAAGGCAACGACUCAUGUCAGCAGUAGUCCUGCGUCGAAGGAAAAAUGCUCGAAAGAAGAAUCCCCGACGGAGAAAGAAUUGAAAGAAGAAGACUUAAAGGAGAAGGACUCGAAAGAUGAUGACCCCAAACCAAAGGAUAGCCCCAGUCAACGGAAGGAGAAGGAGAAGAGCGAAAAGCCAAGCAGCUCAAUUCGUGGCUUCAUCCGUACCUCAGCAAGGUCCACAGGUCUCGUCAGGUCACCAACCGAGAGCCUGGCGACAAUACUCCGUAACGGGACCGAGUCUUUGCGCAAUCGCGCAGAAUCCCUACGCAAUGGUUCAGGGUCUCUUGUUAGCCGCAAGGGCUCGAGUUCCCCCGUGUCUCAAGCCUCACCACCAACUAGAGACAAUUCAGACUCUUCAAAAUCCGCCAGGUCUUUCAGAUCAGCCAAAGAGACUCCCUCAUCCUCCACGAAGCCAUCUCCGGCCAAAAAGGAGUCCCGCACUGCUAGGGUUUCUCUCGAAAAACCUCCCAUCCAAGAGAAGCCACCCCCAGCGGAGCCAGAACCUCCGGUCAAGAAGGCUACGCCUCCACCAGAAAGAAAGAAGACCGCUGAGAAGCUAGAAAAGGCAGAAAAACAAUCUCCCAACCCGGAACAGCUCUCCCGAGCCGAGCGACUGGAAAGGUUCAAAGAACAAGCUCGACUCCGAAGAGCAACCAAAGGUGUCGACAAAGUAGUCGAUAGAGUUGUUGAGAUCGCAGAAUUGGACGGGCAACAAGUAGCCGCGUCCAAAAAGAGUCUACAAGCGAAUAUCACGGAUGUCCACGAUGAUCUCCACAAUCUGUCUUCAGGAGAAAAAGACGAGGAGGAGACCAAAGAAUUCUCCAUCACCGAAAUCACCACCGACAACGACACAAACACCAUCGCCCUCUCCUUGAUAUUCGAAAUUGUGUUUUUAGCCAUCACAAACAUGCACAAAUUUGCUCUCCAAGUUACCGACAGUCCAUACAUCAAAUUCGUGGUUACAAACAUCUUGAACAUGACACGCCAUUGUUACCAUGUCUUAAGUACGAUCUGCAGUACCAUAUCGGUUUACCAGACCACGGGUUCUUGGCCCAAAGCCAAGAAUGAUCAGGCUAUUAGUCGAUUCUUAGUCGAGCUUCUGCAGGCUAUAGUCUACUUGUUUAUUCUUGGUUUUGGGGCACUGAUUGCAGGGCGUGCGGCUGGGUAUGUGGUUCUUGUCGGGACUUGGAUUGUUUGGUUUGCUAGGCCGUUUGCUUGGGCUUUUCAAUGUGUCACUCAUGCUCUUAUAACAUGA